AUGUGGCAGCGAGCUUCCCGUGCCGCGCUCGCGGCGUCCUUCUUACUAAUCUCAGUUGCGAAUGCUAUUCCGCAUGGAGAUGAUGAGGGAAUGCACAUGGACAGCGGCAUGGACAUGUCCAGCCACGAUUCGCAACCAAAGGAAAACACAGAGUCGACGGACGACUCGCCUAUGAGUUAUUUUGCCUAUGGCAAGCAUAGCGGCGCCAUCAUGGCGCACAUCGGUCUAAUGGUAGCUGCCUGGUGCUUCAUCCUCCCAAUCGCGGUCAUGCUCAGUGUCGGACGAUCCCGCUUUGCCUUGCCGUCGCAAUUCCUCUUCCUGGUGUUAAAUGCGGUUGGAAUGCUUGUCGGAAUAAUCUACAACAGCCAGACCCCGGAUCUGUACGAAAACAACGCCCAUCACAAGAUUGGCUGGAUCGCGACCUGGGUUAUCAGCGCUCAAGUGAUUAUGUCGCUGAUCUUCGCUUAUGCCGGACGAGGGGAGACGGAAGACAGCUCCUAUGAACGCGCAGCUUUCCUUCCUGUGUCGACCGAUGAAAUGGCCGAUAGCCACGACACCUUCCCUACUGGCCCUCGUCACUCAUAUCGUUGGUCGAGAGAUAGCGGGCAGGGAACUGAGAGAAAUUCAUCCUCGAUCCACUGUCCAGAGUCGCCAUCGUGUGCGUCCGCAUCGGACGAGUACGACGGCUUCGAAAAACCCGAGGACCCUGUCCCUGACAACCCCCCUCAGUCACACAGACCCAUGCGCAUCCCCAUUAUUGACCGCUUUCUGGCCAGCCGUGUGCCGGGUAUGGUGUCUAACCGUGUGCUCCGCGUCCUUUCGGUCAUCUAUAAGAUCAUCGACAGGAUCAUCCUGCCUUUCGGCUUUGUCGCUCUUGUGACUGGCUUUGUGACUUACGGCGGUAUUAUGCGCGGCAAGGAAGUUUUCAACGGUCUUGCGCACUUCAUCAAGGGUGGAAUCUUCGUGUGGUACGGUCUGUUGACACUAGGACGAAUGCUUGGCUGUUGGGCAGAUCUCGGCUGGGCCUGGAAUGUGAAACCGUCCAGCGCUAUUGUUGGUAAAUGGAAGGCCAAAGUCCCCACUGGAGAGUUCACUGAGUCGUUCGUGAUAUUCCUCUAUGGUGCGAGUAACAUGUUUCUGGAGCAUCUCACAGGUUGGGGCGGCAAGUGGACUGCGACCGACUUUGAGCAUGUCUCGAUCUCCAUCAUGUUCUUCGGUGGUGGACUGUGUGGCAUGCUUUUCGAGUCGAAACGCGUCAAGAGCUGGUUGAACAGCACUGUCUUGCAAUAUCCAUCCCACAUGAACGCUCACGCCUCCAGCGAUACUGCUUGGCAGCUUCCUGACACUCAGGGCGUUUCCCUCAACCCUAUGCCUGCAUUGAUUAUCCUUCUUCUGGGCAUGAUGAUGGGUUCUCACCACCAAGACAGCAUGGUAUCAACAAUGGUGCACAAGCAGUGGGGCAACCUUCUCGUCGGAUUUGCGCUUGCUCGGGGUGUGACUUAUCUCCUGAUGUACCUGAAGCCACCUACCUCCUACCUGCCUGCUCGUCCGCCAACUGAGAUCGUGGCUUCCUUCUGCCUCAUUUCUGGUGGCUUGGUUUUCAUGCUUAGUACACGCAGCGUGAUUCAGGCCAUGGAAUACUACGACCUCGAUGCGAUGUUUGUGUUCACUGUCACCAUGGGCUUGACCGCCUUUGUUAUGGCCUUCGAGAUCCUCUCGAUCGCCCUCAAAGCCUGGGCGGUGAAGCGGGAAUCCCGUCCCCAGCUGCCACCUUAUCAGUUCCCCGCCUGA